UAUUGCAAUUUAAUUCUAUUGGUUUCUCUGAGCUAGAGAGAUGUCAACUAAGAAUUGGGAAUUGAAAUUUAUUCUCUAGGUCACAUGGGUUUUCAUGGUGAAUUAAUGUGAUUCAUUCAAAAUCUUAUUUUACCGACUUCUAGGUUGUAUUAUCAGAUUACUACAAAAUCACGCUUUCGUCAUUUUUUGCUAUCAGUUGCUUUCAUCUCUAAAUGGGUGUGGAGUCAGAGAAAAUCAAACGUAAUUCCCCUAGACAUGUUGAUAGGUUUAGUGAAUCAAGCUCAGAAAGUGAAACUGAGUUGGAAGAUGACAUACCAGAGCGUAAACAAGAUGCAAACGCUGACUUACCAUCUGAAUAUUGGCAAAUUGGCAAAAUAAUUAAAUAUUUAAAAGUUCGUGAUACUAUUGUUUUUUAAAUUCAUUGAAAUUGUCGAUGUCUAUCUGAUAGCUUCCCUGUGAAUAGAAAAUAGUAUCGUUCAUCUAUAAUUUGUUAUAAUUUAUACGCAUAAAACAGAUUUAACCAAUUCGAGAAUACUGGAUGAUCAUGAAUUCGGAUUUCAUUUCGGUAACACCGGCUACUUUAUGCAAAAUAUGUAUUGAAUUCUAUAUAAAUUUCAUGUUCAUAGUUUUAAGGAAUGAACGACGAAUACUAAAAGAAUACAUAUUGACCUGUUGUUUGGUCUUUAAGGUCAGACGAGAUUUACUAUGAUAUUAAAUGAUGAGACAGGUUACCAACUAUCCAAAACUUAAUUUUAGGGAACAUGCACGAAAGUUUGUGAGAAUUUCUUUAACGGUAUAGAAGAGCCCUAAAGGUGUUUUAGUAAAUAUCGACCGGAAAAAAUCACUAUCAAAUCUACCGUGAUCCGAUCCAUCAACCUAACAUAAAUAAUAGUAUUGAAGUAACGUAAAUGUUCGAUAUACUUCAAAUAUGCAUAUAUUUUAAAUAUACAACUGAUUAAUACUCAAUGUACGUUUCGUAUCACAACCACAAGAUUAUUGACUACUUUGUUAGAUGGGCAAUACAUUCUCGUAAUUAUUCCACACGUUUCAGUCAGCUUAAUAACGUCAGAAAAUACUCUUGAGGAGCCUAAACAAAUGAGAAAUGUUAAUAUCAAGUUUUCUAUUGGAUGAUUUUCUUUUUUCACUAAAUAAAACUUUACCACUUUCUAUAGAUGUACUUCAAAAAGCAUAAUUAUAAUGACGUAAUGCUUACUUCUUAAUAUACAUUACAAGGGUGGAAAUCAAACAUCAACCAUCAUAUCUUUAUGUGCCUUGAAAGAUAUGCCUUUAAAAACUGAAAUUUGUCAACUUGCCGUUCGUGAUGUUGGAGGAAUUGAAGUACUUAUUAAUUUACUUGAAACAGAUGAAGUUCGUUGUAAACUUGGUUCAUUGAAAAUUUUAAAAGAAAUUACUAAAAAUCCACAAAUUCGUAAAUCUGUUACUGAUAUUGGCGGUUUACAACCACUUGUCAAUUUAUUACGUAGUCUAAAUCGUGAUUUGAAAUGUUUAUGUGCUGAAGUUAUCGCAAAUGUGGCUAAUUGUCAUAGAGCAAGACGUACAGUUAGACAAUAUGGUGGUAUAAAAUAUUUGGUUGCUUUACUCGACUGUCCAAGUUUAAAUAGUGUACCAAUGACUAGUGAAGUUGAACGAGAUAUUGAAGUAGCACGAUGUGGUGCAUUAGCUUUAUGGUCAUGCAGUAAAUCUAGAAAGAAUAAAUUAGCUAUGAAACGUGCAGGUGUCAUAUCAUUAUUAGUUCGUCUAUUAAAAUCUCCACAUGAAAAUAUGCUUAUUCCAGUUGUUGGAACAUUACAAGAAUGUGCUUCUGAAGAAAGUUAUCGUAUUGCUAUUCGUACAGAAGGUAUGAUUAAUGAUUUAGUAAAAAAUUUAAAACGUGACAAUGAUGAACUUCAAAUGCAUUGUGCUUCAACUAUAUUUAAAUGUGCAGAAGAACCGGAAACACGUGAUCUAGUUCGUACAUAUAAUGGUUUAGAACCAUUAGUAGCAUUGUUAAGUAAACAAUCUAAUAAAGAAUUAUUAGCAGCUGUUACUGGUGCUAUUUGGAAAUGUGCAAUUUCAAAAGAAAAUGUAAAACAAUUUCAAAAACUUGGAACAAUUGAACAAUUAGUUGGUUUAUUGAAUGAACAACCAGAAGAAGUUUUAGUAAAUGUAGUCGGUGCACUUAGUGAAAUGGCCAAAGAUCCAAGUAAUCGUAGUACAAUACGUAAAGCUGGAGGAAUACCAUCAUUAGUUUCUCUGCUUACACGAACAAAUCAAGAACUUCUUACGAAUACAACUAAAGCUGUUGGAAAAUGUGCAGAAGAAGCUGAUAGUAUGAGUAUCAUUGAAAAUUUGGAUGGUGUGCGUUUACUUUGGUCAUUGUUAAAGAAUCCCAAUCCAAAAGUACAAUCUUAUGCUGCUUGGGCUUUAUGUCCAUGUAUCCAAAAUGCAAAGGAUGCUGGUGAACUAGUACGUUCAUUUGUUGGUGGGCUUGAAUUAAUUGUAAGCUUAUUAAAUUCAAAGGAUUUGGAGGUCUUAGCUGCUGUUUGUGCUGCUGUUUCGAAAAUUGCAGAGGAUGAAGAAAAUUUAGCUGUGAUUACUGAUCAUGGUGUAGUUCCAUUGUUAUCACGUUUGACACACACGAAAGAUGAUCGCCUUCGAUGUCCCCUAACCGAUGCUAUAGCAAAGUGUUGUACAUGGGGAACAAAUCGUAUUGAUUUUGGUCGUGCUGGUGCUGUUAUACCUAUUGUUCGUUACCUUAAAUCAUCUGAUCCAAAUGUUCAUAGAUCAACUGCGAAAGCAUUAUUUCAACUAAGCCGAGAUCCAAAUAAUUGUGUUUCAAUGCAUCAAGUCAAUGUGGUAAAGUAUUUAUUACAAAUGGUUGGUUCUUCAGAUCCAGAACUUCAAACUGCCAGCGCUGGUUGUAUAAGUAAUAUAAGGAGGUUAGCUUUAGCAAAUGAGAAAGUUCAUUUGACAAAACUACAUGAAAAAAUUAAAUUCAAUGGUAUUAAAGAUUCAACUGUUAAAAAAUCAUCGAAAAAUAAAACAAGUCCCAGUCAUCAUCAUCAUCACCAUUAUGAAGAACAAGAAAAUCAGGAACCACUAGAAAAUCAUUCACAUGAAGAAACAGAUUUAAAUGAGAAAUCAAUUAUCAGUGAUGAUCAUAUUUCUAAUCAUGAUGAUACAGCUGUUCGUACAACACUAUCUGAUAACCUAGAAACACCUACUGGAGAAGUGAACAAUUCCUUAAAAGCAUCACCACAAAUUCUAACAGAUUCAAAUAUUUUAUCACCAAACUAAGACAGAUAUUUUGUUUGUUUGUUUUUUUAGAUUUAGCUAUCUUCAACUUUCAUUCCAUUAUUGUAAUUAAACUGGGUUAAACAUAAAACGAAGUAUUUACCUAAGUUUAUGGGAUAUAUAUAUGAUUGAUAAUUAUAACUAUCAUGAAUAAAAGUUGAUUGUUCCUUAAGUUCAAUAAAGCUAAUAUAUGCAUAUAGGUAGAUGUUAUCUUGAAAAGGUAAUACCUCUAUGAAAAACAAUAAAUAAUGAUUAUAAAGUA